UACAGUAAAAAACUCGCACGCGGCACACCGACGUUUUCAACAACACUUGAUUGAUGACAAGCUUCGAAAAGAUCGUCGUCCGUAACCAUAGCGAAGGAAAUGGCCAGCCAGGGAUAAACCGUGAAUCUGGUGGUUCUUUAAAGAUUGUACAGUGAUUUGAAGAGAAAUCAGGAAGAUACGCUAUAUGCGUAGCGGAAUGAGGCUCUACGAUGCACUUGGGAAUGUGUGCAGCGAUGAAACAACAUGUGCGUGAUUUAAGUGCGUUCCAGAAUCAAAUCGAAUUGGCCAGUUGGUCCAUUUGUGAGUGUUCGUAAAAUAGGCAAAAUUUAACAUUGUAUACCGUGUCGUAGAAGAAUCAUCGUCAGCGAUCGUCGCACUCCCACACGUCCAUGUGGGUCUCGAUCGCAAGAUAAACAACCUACGAGGAUUAUUUACCUGCACUGUUUAGUGUUUCCCUUGAAGCCAAUUUUAUGUGCGACCCUGAACCAGGGUCAGAAAUUUAAUCGCUUGACAUAACAAUGCUGCUCCAAACAUUGGGAUAUGACGCAUUCUGGUUAUAUUCGAUUUCGGCCGUUGUUAUGGUCAGCAUGAUCACAACUAUAUUAUCCUGUCUCUGCUGUCGACGUAAACAAGAGAUCAAAAAUGAUCUUCUUGGACUAGAAGGUAUGGUAAAGCUUACAAAUCCAGAGGACACUCUGUUAUCUUCGGGUUCGACCGGUGCAAUCAAUGCACAAGCCAACACUGGUAAUGGUACACUCGGAACAAACACGGCAAAUGCAUCGAAUCUACGGCCAGCCAGUGUUGGUGGUGGGUUUAGUUCUGAUACCGAAAGCAGCAGCAAAAGAACUUCUAAUGCUCCGCACCGAAGCUUACCGGAUAUCCCAAUCGCUGAACCGGCUGGCGAUAACAAUUCCGAACUGUAUGCUACCGUCGGUGACAAAGUACAGGACUUGCCGCAAGGGAGAAGUCCAUCGGCUAGCUUGAAAAAACAGACCAGUGUCUCUCAGCACAGUUCAAUCAGCCAGGCGGAUGACAUAAGUUCCCCUUACGCUCGGGUUAGAUCACCUCCACAUGCUUACGACAAAUUACGUCGCAUGGAACAUCCGUAUGCACAGGUGGUGCCACCAGGAUCAGCAGUCGGAAGUACUGUAUUUGAAGCCGGGACCGGUGGACCUUCUGGGACAGCGAGUCGCUCAAAGCCGCGGGACGGCGAUGAUGAUGAUGAAGAAGAUGAUGAUGACGACGAGUUAAUGAGCCCCAUUUCACGCCGUGAAUCUGCUCAGAAUAUAGAAGAUCGGGAAACUUCAACAGUGGACAUUCCGGCUGCGUCUGCGAUCGCUGGACGUGUAUCAGCUAGUCAAGACUUACCAUACAUGACUCCUCCAAUAGUUCAACCAUCAUCCCAACAUUUUAGUGGAGAUUCUCAAGAUUCCUCAAAGGGUUAUACAAGCAUAAGCGUGCGGGAACCCUUGGCAAACCUACUGCCACAAAACAUGCCGAACCAAACGACCGCCAAACGAAGACAGAUAUUGGGCGACUCACACUAUGCCACUGUGUCAGACGAUUCGGACGAGAUGUAUGCCGCGAUCGAUGAUCCUGGAAAUCAAGGCGAUCUGUACACCAGCGGGUCGGAAACGUACGCCCAAAUUCAACCGCCAAAUGCGAUGACCGUGUCGGUCGAAAUAAAUACGGGCGCGUCAAGCAGACCACAACCACCGUCAGUACAGACACUGCAUGCAACCGUAAAUGAUGCGCUUGAUUCUGCGGGUAUUUCCAGUAGCAACAAAACGAAUUCAGCAGCAUCGAAUCGUCUCAGUAAUCAUAGCAAUAUGGUAACAUCAGGUGAUGAGCACACGCAUGGACUUCCGCCACAUUUGGUACCAUCUACGGCCUCCAUCGACGGUGGAGGUUUGAGGGCACAAACUUUUGUGCAGCAUUCGCGUCAAGCAUCGUCCUCGAGCUGUACCAGUUCGGUAGGAAAUUUGGGAUCACCGAAACCAGAAAAGCGACAGGCGAACAGUCCAUUACCUCCAACUCCAAAAACGCUCAAACACCAGGCAAACAAUUUCUUCAGCACCUCGAAUCAAUCGAUGAUCGGGUCCGGUAGUGUAGCAUCAUCGAGUACUACGACUGUAACUUCGGGGCGUAAUUCCGUUGCCUCUGUAAUCGAAUGUGGCGGUGUUGGUUCAACAGCAUCCAAUCGAGAAAACAUUGGGAAUAAGCAAAGCGCCGACAUAGAUAGUACAAUGCUUACGAACGGUUCAAUAGUUAGUGGCAAACAAAAGAAAAGUCCGUCAAAAGAUUUGGAGGGAAUGUACGCCAAGGUUAUGAAAAAGAAUAAACUAUCGAAAGUACCAUCACAAAACUCGUCUCCUGUACCGCUGCGGAAAGAUGGAUCAGUUGAUGCGCAGCAUGUGAUGCAACAGCUUCUAACAGAUUCGGACAUGUCUCAGCUUAACGGUGGCGGAUCAUUGCAAGGUGGAUCUCCGAACAAAAAUAUGGUAGCAACACAGCGCAACAGCACCGCUAAUUGCCAAAACAAGGAUCCCGGUUAUGAAACCAUCCCUGGUGAUAACGUAAAGGCUGGCAUGGAAACGGCACGUAAAUCAGCGGAUUAUGCGCAGAUUCAAAAAUCGCAUCGCAUCCAUACCGCUGGUGGAGGGACAACUAUGGCGAACGUUUUUCUAGCUAGUGGUGAAGGAAAUCCAUUGAGUGCAGUCGUAGCGCAAGCGGACACCGAACCAGGGUACGAAAGUUUACCAGACACGCGUGGAAGCAUCAACGACCCCGGAUAUGAAACGCUUAACCGUGGUUCAAAUCGAACAGAAUCGGACUCGGAUCCAAAUUAUGAAAUAUUGCGACCGGCUGGUAGUAAACCUUCAACCACGAGUCAACCUUCAGGCAUCAGCAAGCUGAGAGGAGGAAGUAGUGGCGAUACAAAUCGUGACAGUGAUGGUUACAGUAGCAUACGUGAGACGGCAAAGACAGUUCAUUCAACAGUGAAAAAUGGAGCUAGAAAUCGUUUAGAUUUCGGCGCACGAAGAGCAGGUCCCGGGACAGCGGAGGAUGAAGAUACAGACAGCAGUACCCCUGGGUACAGCAGUAUCAAAGAGAAGGACGACUAUGAUCCUGGCUAUAGUGUAAUUUCGGAGCGAAAAAAUCCCCCACCAGGUCACGAUUAUGCAAGUAUAACAGAGGAAGCAAAAAAACGCAAACCAAAUAUUAACAACAACGUAGAACCGGACGACGAGUCGGAUAUAUAUUCUAGUAUACCACAUACUGCAUCAGGAACGCUGACGCUACCUUCGCCAUCGGCAGCAGUCGUUAUAGGAGGUUCCAGUCUGGGAGCCAAUUCACCUGGCUGCGCUGGUACGACUAUGGAGGCCGAUCGAACCAGUGCUGGUGCGGGUAUGGGAACACUUUCAUCAUCACCAGGAUAUUCUAGUAUAUCGGAAACCCGCACAACUCCCUCUUCGACCGAUGGUGAUGGUGAUGGUAGUACAAGUUCUCCGGACCAAUUGAUUGGAUAUAGUAAGCACAACAGCAAUACCAACACCACGGUAACGACUAACAAUAGCCUAAGUCGAAUAUCGAGCAACUACGAAUCACUCACCGGCAGUGAAUCGGACCCUAACUAUGAAUCGGUAAAAUAUCUCAAUGUUAAGGAAAAUCCCUACGAAAGGCUCCACAACGAGAGUGGCGGUGGAGCAGGAGGCAACAGUAGCGGCGGGAUAGAGUGUGUACCUAAAUCAUUAACGAAUGAUUCACUUACAACAGAUUCUGAUACAGCAACUCCGACACCGGUCACGCAAACUUCAACACCGGCAGGGAUUGCAAACGUCCGCCGAGCGAUGGGCACACCGGAUAGUGAUGGAACGGCACCUGCUGUUAGUGAUUAUUUUCAAGUGUAAUGGAUUUUGCCAACCCCGUAUUCUCUAACCAACCCAUUAAGAGCGCAUUAGUUGAAAAGUGAUUAUUUUAUCUCUAACACACAGCUUUGAUCUAUUUAUAUACAGAUAUUUAAAAAAGGCUAAUUGUUAUUUCCGCUUGUUAAAUGUGAAACGAAUGACCGAUGUUUAAUGCUACUUGACCGCAACAUUUGUCAUUGAUUGCUGCAGAGCAGAGCAGGGCUUGAUUGCGUUACGAAGAAAAACGAUAUUACUUACUCCAUUUUAAGGUACUCCAUUUUAAAACGCUUGAUCGCGACGCAACCGUGUGCUUGCGUAAUGUUUGUUAUAUACAUACAUUGCAAUUGUAACAGCUCUGUAUGUUACAAACACACUAUAUUGUGCCUGUUUUGAAGAACAUCAAUUGCAAAAAAAAUCGCAACGCACAUAUAAUAAUGGAAAGUGCUGACCGCCACAACUGUUUCCUAUGUUUUGUAUUCCCGUUUAUUGUUUUUUUUUAUUGCGCUCUUUGGUGAUCAAAACGAUCACAUGUGCAUGCAUAUUGUUGUAGUUUAUGCAAGCGGGAAAUCGAAAUCUAUGCUUGUAUCAGCACAAAGUUCGAACUGUAGACCGAGGUAACAUAGAUAGAUAAGACAACACGAAAACAAAAGAGAAAACACAAGUUGCUGGACAGCAUAAAACAAAACUUUACACUGACCGACGAUUAUUAAAUUAACAUAUUGAACUGAUCGGGAGAAAUCCCUAGUAAGUAUCCCACCAUAUAUGGACAAAUGGAAUAACGAAAAACACUUCGUAUGCGUAUUGAACAAAGAAACAAAAAGAAGCAUCGUACUGCAGCAAGAAGUGAAUUCUGAGCGUUCAUGUGAUUUACAUAUACAAUUCGCGAGAAGAAUCUUUAAAAAAUACUAAUAGUGUGUAUUGCCACUACAACGAAUGAUGCAUCAGCGGCGCAUGAGCCUCUGUUAAAGUUGGCUUAAUAUUUCAUUUCUCUACAACUGUUCAUCUAUCAAAAUAAUGUAGGCUGGUCUGGUUUUUGUUUGUUUUACCUUUAAAAAGGGCACAUUCUGAGUAACGAAUCAGUACUCCGCGUGGGUAUGUCUACACUUGCAGUUUAAUUGUACAUAUACAUAUUACGUGGUGCGUAAUGUUCACUGUACCUUAAUAUUAUGCCGCUCCUAACGAAAGUAUUGUUUACCAACAUGAAGAACAAGCUUAGUUUUAUUAUAUUUACAUUUGUUUUUUGUUUGUUUUAUUUUAAAUCCAGUCGCUUGAGUUGGUAUUUAUGUUUUGUGUAUUGUUAGUACCUCUUUUCGAUCAGCAUUAAUUAUUAUCGAUUGUUAGGAAUUGUUGCAAAGCUUUAUUUUAUUUAUAUGUGGCUAGCUCUAUUACCCGUAGCAACAUAUUUGCAUAGUAAUACAACCAAGAAGAAAAAAACAACGACUCAAACAAAUAGAAUCGAAAGAAUAAUCGAGCCAAACCUUGCAUGAACAGAGUGAGGGAGCAGGCAUAUUCGUAUUGUGUUGGUAAUAUUAUAUUUAUUACUUGUUUUAGUUCGAUCAUCUUUGAUCACUAUGAGUUUUGCGUGUUCUGUAUGCACCUUUUUGUAUGUAACAUUCCCGUUUUUUCCAGUGGCGUAAAAUAUGUGAAUAUAAAUCUUUAUACAAUAGUAAAAUGAAGAAAGAUUCAAUAAGGCUCACAAGCGAAGGAUCUAGAAACAUUGCAGCGUAUUGCAGUGUCGACUGUAUAUGUAAGACGUAAAACAUUGUUUGAACUUUAACAUGAGGAAAUGAAAAGCAAUUUAAAAAAUCUUAUACAAAACGUUACUGAAACUGCAAAGCGAAACUUUACGAGUGACAUUUAUAACCAUUUGAAUAAGUAAGUGCGAAUAACAACAAAAAACAAAAAUCGAAGAUCUAAUUAAAAUGAAUACUUACGGAAAAGCAAAUAA